GUGCUGCUGGGAAGGAGGCGGGAUGAUGGACCCGGUCCUCUAUGUGGUGGCGGCGGUGCUGCUUGUCGCUCUCAUCAUUUUUGUGACCCGCAUCCGGGAACAGGCGGCGGCAGCAGAUCAAGAGCGUCAGAGAAAUGUGGAGGCUGCGGCUUCAGGGGCCGGGGGGUCAAGGCCCCAGAUGGGACAUGAGCACGAGAGGGCUGAAGGGAGGCCCCGGCGCCGGCGAGACAUGGGGAGCAGGCUCCAGGCCCAACGCCGGGCCCAGCGGGCUGAAGAGGAGGAGGAGGAAGUAAUAGAAGCCCAAGAAGAAGAAAGUGGUGAUGAACCUGCAGAAAUUCAGCCAUCAGGAAAAAUUGGAGCCAAGAAACAGAGGAAGCUGGAAGAGAAGCAGGCGAGGAAAGCCCAGCGAGAGGCGGAAGAAGCUGAGCGUGAGGAGCGGCGUCGCCUGGAAUCCAAGCGGGAGGAGGAGCGAAAGAAAGAGGAUGAGCGACACCGUCUAGAAGAGGAAAGGAAGGAAGAAGAGGAGAGGAAGGCCCGGGAAGAACAGGAGCAGCGAGAGCAUGAGGAGUACCUGAAACUGAAGGAGGCCUUCGUGGUGGAGGAAGAGGGUGAAGCAGAGACCAUGACAGAGGAGCAGUCUCGAAGCUUCCUGAGUGAGUUCAUCAGUUACAUUAAGCAAGCAAAAGUUGUGCUCUUGGAGGACCUAGCAUCCCACGUGGGCCUUCGAACCCAGGAUGCUAUUAACCGAGUGCAGGACCUGCUGGCUGACGGCACUCUGACAGGUGUGAUUGAUGACCGUGGCAAGUUCAUCUAUAUCACACCGGAGGAGAUGGCAGCUGUGGCCCAAUUCAUCCGCCAACGAGGACGAGUGUCCAUCUCUGAACUUGCUCAGGCCAGCAAUUCCCUCAUCACUCUUACCCCAGAGACUCCUGCCCAAAUCCCAGCCUAAUUCUGGAGGCCUGCCCUGCUUGGACCCCUGAUUUUCUGGACAGUGAGGCAAGAGUGUGAUGGUAGAACACCUCACAAAUUAAAGAGACUGGAGCAGUG